CCCAUGGCUUGAAACCCGGUUACAUACAGCAUACAGCCGCAUAAUGCGUUGGAAGAGUAGGAUAUGAAACAAAUAUUCUAGUCAUCAUGUCCUACUAUGACUUAGAUGCCAUUCUUACAGAUGCUCAGAAAUUACCAUGUACAUUCGAACUCGAAGUUCCAGGGCUGGGUUAUCUGGAUGGUAAUGUUGGGGAGGAUAUAAAACCAGGUACCCGAAUCGACCUCCCCCUCUGGCUCGGCGAGAUGCUUGCUGUCGGAGCCCGCACCAACUCCUCCCCCCUGGUCAACCUCGAGCUGCCCAACGCCCUCUCAGAAAAGGUCCUCAACGCGCUAAAAGCCGACCCGCGCACCGUCGACCUGCGCUCCCUCGCGCCGCACUUCUAUAGACUUGGCGUGCGCAUGCUGGAGCUUGUUGAGGCGGAGGAGAUGGUUGAUGUUCUUAUGGAGACAUUCAAGAAACGCGCGAUGGAGAUCGCAGACCACGCGCAUAACUCGCGCGGCGCACUGAGUGAUGGGGUGGAGUUUCUGCGUGGGUUGGAUGAGACAGAGAGGCAGUUAUUCCGAGCAGCUCAUGGGAGUGCGAAAGAGAUGCGUGUCUGGUCAGGGGAGACGAGGAAGAAAUAGACGGGGGGAAGAUAUGGAUAGUUUUAACCAUUAUAGAACCGUGAGUGGAAACACUAAUAAAAUGAACAAAGAUUGCCGAAAGGGGGGGCGUUUGUAUGAAGUUUUCAGUACUCCGUAUAGACACCUGAUAAAAUUCCCUGGGCCACUCAGUCGGGAGUGCUGGUGAUGAUCAUGAUUUGUCCUUCUUGUUGAGAUGAAGUCCACUGCCAAUACUGAUAGAAAUUUCUGAAUGGGGAUAAUGCAAUUGAGGUCACAGAGCAGAGAGCACUCCGUAGACUUGACGAACGAGGCCUGGUGUUUUAUCGAUGAAUAAUCUGAAACUAGGUGUAAUGCAUGUGCUCUUUGGGGGGUGCAACAGAACACAGCGUUUUGCGUCCCUCUUUUCCCCUGAAAGUCCCUGACUUUGGGGCAAGAAAUGGCUAGCUUUGCCCUUCCUUAGUUCCGUGACUACUGCGGGGGAGCGAGGGUCGAAACCCUCCAACUGGGAAGCUUGGGAUCCCGUCAAGGAUGAUGGCCCAGGUCCAGUCCAGGCGCACUGAGGUUGAGACUGACACUCGUAGCCCCAUCCCCAUCUUAUUCAAACCGGGUGGUUGGGCGCAGGCUGAGGAUGGUUUCCUGGUUAAGAACACCAAUAAAAUAAGUAAAUAACUACUCCAUACAGAGUAGUAACUGAGUAGGAUCCUGCUUCAGGACAUGAUAACUUAGUUCUUCCUCACUUGCAUAUAAUUGUUAUGAUUGCUUGCCAUUCCACAGCCGCGCAGUCAGGGGGUUUGACUCCACUUGUUCUGGGCGGGUUGUGAUGGGGUGAAGCUAGUCUGAUCGGCUGCAG